AAUUAUAAUAUCGUAAAAAACACUCAAGAUGGGGAAACGACAGCAUCAAAAAGAUAAAAUGUAUUUAACGUAUACGGAAUGGACAACUCUCUACGGUGGAAAACGUUCUGGAACGGCUACUGAAGAAGAUACAACAUUUAAAAGACUUCCAUUCGAUCACUGUUGUCUUUGUUUGCAGCCCUUUGACGAUCCCUACUGUGAUGCAGACGGCAAUGUAUUUGAAUUGCAAGCUAUCAUUGAUUUUCGAAAAAAGUUUAAAAUUAAUCCUGUGACUGGAAAGAAACUUGAUAUAAAAACUCUCAUAAAGUUAAACUUCUUCAAAAAUGCUGAAGAUGCCUACCACUGCCCAGUAUUAUUUAAACCCUUUACAAAAAACUCGCAUAUUGUUGCCAUACGCACUAGUGGAAAUGUCUACUCUUAUGAGGCUGUUGAACAGCUCAAUAUCAAAGGCAAAAAUUGGAAGGACCUGGUUGAUGAUACACCCUUUGCUGCACGUAAUGAUAUUAUCACUAUUCAGGACCCUCAAAACUUGGCAAAGUUUAAUAUAUCAAAUUUUCAUCACAUAAAACACAAUUUACGUGUUGAAACUGAAGAGGAAAUAGCAUUGAAAAAAGACCCUCAUGCAAGAUUGAAAACAGUAUCUGCCGAAACAAAAGAUAUAUUACAAGAAUUAGAAAAGGACUAUAAGGCACCAGAAAAGAAAGAAGAUCAAAAAGAGUCUGCCGACAAAUUCAAUGCGGCCCACUAUUCCACUGGGAAGGUCGCGGCCAGCUUCACAUCGACAGCAAUGGUACCGGAGACGACACACGAAGCAGCCAUCAUAUGUGAAGAUGAGGUUAUUUAUGAAAGAACAAAAAAGAAAGGCUAUGUAAGACUGGUAACAAAUGUAGGACAUCUGAACUUUGAAUUGUACUGCGACGUAACGCCCAAAACUUGUCACAACUUCAUGACACAUUGUAAAAAUGGAUACUACAACGGAACAAAGUUCCACAGGUCUAUCAGGAAUUUUAUGAUUCAAGGAGGAGAUCCAACGGGCACAGGGUUGGGAGGCGAAUCCAUUUGGAAGAAACCUUUUGAUGAUGAAAUUAAGCCAAACUUGCACCACACCGGACGAGGAGUCUUGUCUAUGGCUAACUCGGGAACCAAUACUAACGGAUCACAAUUUUUCAUUACGUUCCGUUCGUGCAAACAGUUGGACGGUAAGCACACUAUAUUCGGGAAGCUGGUCGGCGGUCUGGACACUCUGAACGCCAUGGAGUCGAUUGAGGUCGACAAUAAAGACAGGCCCAUACAGGAUAUAGUUAUUGAAGCAGCCCAAGUCUUUGUGGAUCCUUUCGCUGAGGCUGAAGAGGAGCUUGCUAAGGAACGAGCGGCAGAAUUAAAACGCAAAGCGGAAGAGAAGGAUCCCGGAGUCAGACCUAAAAAAGCGACACAACCCCUUAAAGUGUUCAGGGAAGGUGUCGGUAAAUACUUGAACUUGCAAGAGUCUACAACGAAACCAGGAAAAGACCAGGAAAUUCCAACAAAAAAACCCAAAAAAGAUGUCACUAGUUUUGGUAAUUUUGAUACCUGGUAAUAACAAAGUGCUUAUUGUUAAUAUUGUAAAUAAAUGGA